AUGAGAGAAGCCAACUACCAAAUUUUGUACAUCAAGAAAAGGAAAAUUUCCCUUCUAACUGUAAUAACGGCUGAUUGGUUAAAUGACCAACCUACCCUUUUGGAAGAAGCUUCAUCCUCAUUGAGAAAUGCUGAAUUUGGUAGACAAAUUCAUGCCCACUUGGCAAAAUCUGGUUGGCUUUCGAGUGUCUUUGUGGGCAGUGCUCUUGUUGAUUUGUAUGCGAAAUUGUCACUUAUUGCUGAUGCAGCUGUGCUGUUUGAUGAAAUUCCUGUGAAGAACUCUGUUUGUGCAAAUGCGCUUUUAUCGGGAUUUUGUGAGGCUAAGUUGUGGGUUGAGGGACUUGAACUAGUUAGGAAGAUGCCUCAAUUGAAUUUGGAUUAUGAUCAUUUCACAUUAUCAGCUAUUUUACGUGCAUGUGCAGGGCUUUCGUCCAUUGAAUUGGGGAGGCAGGUGCAUGCAUAUUUGAUCCGUAAAUUAUAUAACUUGGGGGAUGAUGUGUUUUUGCAAAGCUCAUUAACUGAGAUGUAUGCAAAAUGUGGGUUGGUGGUCAAGGCUUUGCAAGUUUUCAGUUUGGCAGGGCUAAGAUUGAGUGGGGAGAAAAGGAGGGAUAUUGUUCUGUGGACUUCAAUGCUUGGUGUGUAUGGAAGAAAUGGCCAUUUUGAAGAAGUGAUUUUGUUAUUUAAAGAAAUGUUGAAGGAAGGGAUCAAACCAGAUGAGGUGGCAUUUGUGACAGUCAUCUCGGCUUGUGGUCACACUGGUCAAAUAAGACUAGGUCUUGAGUAUUUUGAUUCCAUGACUCACGUUUACAAGUUGAUUCCUGGCCCAGAGCACUACAGUUGUGUGGUUGAUUUACUAUGUAGGGCUGGUGAGUUGGAGAAGGCUUGGAAGGUGGUCAAUGAGAUGCUCCAGAAAGGUCACAGCAAUGGCAGUAUUUCCUUGUGGGGAGCACUGCUCAGUGCUUGCAAUGACCAUGAAAAUGUUGAGUUGGGUAAGUUUGCCGCUAAAAAGGCACUUGAGUUGGAUCCCCAGAAUGUUGGAAUUUAUGUUAAGCUAUCUAAUUUAUAUGCUAGAUUUGGAAUGUGGGAUGAGAUUGGCCAGUUAAGAGAGUUGAUGAACCAAAGAGGAUUAAAGAAAGAUGUUGCCUUUAGUUGGAUUGAAGUCACUAGUUGAAUGGAGCAGAAAUUUAAUUCUCAGAAUGAAACAUAUAGGACGAUGACGGUGUUAUAUAAAUAGAUGAGAUUCUGAAGCAUACAGUUCACCAAAUUGACCAUAACACAGAUUCUGUAUCUAUCAUCCUUGUGAUCUGUCUGAUAACUCUUGAAAUGUCAAUGGGAAACGGUGGCAAGGGACAAAUCAAACAGCUUUGGAGGUGAUUAUGUUCAUGUUAGCAAAGGGAAGUGCAUCAUCUUCACUUUGGUGGUUUUGAUAAUUGGUCAAGUAGCUGUUUAAGUGAGGACUCAUACCUUGAAUAUGUAUACUUCAGAGAAAAAAAUGGAAAAGGAAACGCAGACCUUGAAGACUUUUGUUUCUUAAUAUAGAUUACUCUCUAAGAAACUCUUACAGUUGCAUGGUAUCAUUGGCAUGGCUUUACAAGCUGAAAUGAAUGUAUCACUGCAUCUACUUUGCAAUUUGAACUCUAUGCCUUUCUUUUUUCUUUUGAAAGAUGCUAAGGCAGUACAUGUAUGGUUUAACAAAAUACUUUCAGAAAUAAAUGUAACUUUAUGUCAA